AUGUCGGAAUCGGCGCCGGAGAUUCUCCGAGCUUUCGAGCUUCGUCUCCUCCGCUGUACGUUUUCUUCUCCUCCGUUGGACUAUCCGGUAGCUUCUCAUAACCAAACUUCACGCAAUCAUCUCCACGAACCUCUUGACGCCUUCGUGAGUUCUAUUGUAGCUGGCGACUAUGGGAAAACCCUUGCUUCCGACGCUGCUCGGCUCGUUCUUGGACUUGUCAAUCAGUCACAGUGUCCAUUCACUGACUCGACCGAGUGCGCUGAGCGGGUGUACACUGAGUUGCUUGAGCGCGCUGAGAAUUUCAUUUUCAGUGAAUCUGAAAAUGAGGAGGAUAAAUUAUAUAGAUUGAUGAUCGUGAUUUGUAUUGCAAUUUCAUCGUUUCUCGCGUUUACUCAGUGUAACGUGACUGGACCAUUAGAGGGACUGGCUAGAUCUCCCAUGGCAGUCAUAGAGUCGAAAACUGAAGAUUUUGCGGAGUGGGAUAACUGGGCGAGGCAUCAGCUCAUGACCACCGGCUCCGAUUUAUUUGGUAAAUUCACCAAUAUUCAGUAUAUAGUGUUUGCAAAGAUGCUGCUCACAAGGAUAAAAGAUGUGCUAUUUAAGGAAAAUGCAAAUUCAGUAUGUGGGAUGAAAAGCAUUUCUUGGUGGCUUGCCAGGGUUGUGUUUCUUCAACAGAGAAUUUUAGAUGAGCGGUCUUCUUCUUUGUUUGAACAUUUGCAUGUUCUUAUGGGUGAAUCCUUACUUCAUUUUGGCAUUUUGGAAAACGUAAAGAGCUAUUGGGGUACUAAUUUACGAGAAGGAGAGGCUUCAACAAUUGUUUCCAUGGUUCAUUUGGAAGCUGGGAUAAUGGAGUAUUAUUAUGGAAGAGUUGAUUCAUGCGGGCAGCAUUUUGAGUCAGCUGAAGCGGAAUCUGGUCUUCAGCUUUCUGUUACGGGUGUUCUUGGUUUUCGUACUUCAUAUCAGGUGGAGCCAAAGGCACAAUUGGUUCUUGUUGCAAAUACAGACUCAUUAGACAGUGACCUUAAGAACCAGACACAUUGUUCUUCCAUGGAUAAGGAUAAUUUGCCUUCCGAAACCAAAGCUUCUGAGACCUCUGACAUUUUGAUGGCGCCAAAGUUGGUAAAUAAUGGUAACGUGUCUGGAACUGAAACAGAUGGAAUACAGAGUGGUGGUUCCGCAGUUUCUAACCUCAAGACAAUCCAGCAGGCAACCAUUUUGGCAAAGUGCCUUCUAAUUGAGAAGAGUUCUCGAUCAGAUGAGAUGCAGAGGUGGGAUAUGGCUCCAUAUAUAGAAGCUAUCGAUAGUCAGCAUUCAUCAUUCUUUAUGGUGAGGUUUUUCUGCAACAUCUUGCGAGUUCGAUGGGAAUCGACUCGUAGUCGUACAAAGGAGCGUGCAUUAGUGAUGAUGGAAAAAUUGGUUCAGGGUAUUUAUGAUUCUUAUCCAGGAGUGGCUCAUAGGAUGUAUUUCUGUUGCGGGGUUUAUGUUCCUACUUUUCCUGCUUUGAGGAAAGAAUAUGGAGAACUUUUAGUGAGCUGCGGUUUGAUUGGGGAGGCAGUCAAAAUUUUUGAGGAGUUGGAGUUGUGGGAUAACCUAAUCUUCUGUUACCGUUUAUUAGAGAAGAAAGCAGCGGCUGUAGAUCUUAUCAAGAGUCGACUUUCUCAAACACCCACUGACCCCAAACUCUGGUGCUCACUGGGUGAUGUUACAAAUAGUGAUGCUUACUAUGAGAAAGCCCUGGAAGUUUCAAAUAAUAGAUCAGCUCGAGCUAAGCGAUCUCUUGCUCGUAGUGCAUACAACAGAGGGGACUAUGACACCUCCAAAAUCCUAUGGGAGUCUGCAAUGGCCUUGAAUUCUAUGUAUCCAGAUGGUUGGUUUGCACUUGGUGCUGCUGCAUUAAAGGCAAGGGAUAUUGACAAGGCACUUGAUGGUUUUACUCGUGCAGUUCAACUUGAUCCUGAUAAUGGGGAGGCUUGGAACAAUAUUGCUUGUUUGCAUAUGAUCAAGAAAAGGAGUAAAGAGGCCUUCAUUGCUUUUAAAGAAGCCUUGAAGUUCAAACGAAAUAGUUGGCAAUUAUGGGAGAACUACAGCCAUGUUGCUUUGGACACGGACAAUAUUGGACAGGCAUUGGAAGCAGUACAAAAGGUGAUAGAUAUUACAAAGAAUAGUAGAGUUGAUGUCGAAUUGUUGGAGAGAAUCAUGCAGGAGGUAGAACGGAGAGCUUCAAAUAGCCACUCUGAAUAUUAUCAUUGUGAAGCAGACUUGACGGUUGAUAAAAGUAGGGAAACUGAUCAUAUGGUGGAGUUAAUAGGAAAGGUUUUUCGUCAGAUUGUUCGAGGUGGGACUGGAGCAGAUAUAUGGGGGAUUUAUGCAAGGUGGCACAAAAUUAAAGGAGACUACACAAUGUGCUCGGAGGCCCUUCUAAAGCAAGUCAGAUCAUAUCAGGGUUCUGAUCUUUGGAAAGAUAAGGAUAGGUUCAUUAAGUUUGCACAAGCGUCAUUGGAACUAUGCAGGGUUUACAUGCAUAUAUCAGCCACUACGAAUAGUCAGCGAGAACUAUAUGCAGCCGAGAUGCACCUCAAGAACACAGUAAAACAGGCUGUUAACUUCUCAGACACCCAAGAAUAUUUGGAUCUUGAAGCUUGCUUAGAUGAAGUGAAGACAAGAUUGCAAUCUCAUUCUGUGCUCUCUUGAGUUCUUAUCAAGUUUUUUUUUGCCAUACCUUGUCAGAUCGGUCGUAAUCUCUUCGAAGCAUUCAAUCAGAAAUGGACUUGUAAUAGCUUUCAUCAGCUUGAUUCAUAUCUGGUGUGCCAAAGUCUGGAGUUCACUGCACAAAAUCAGUUUUGAGGGAAAGUGUCAGAAGCAUUUGAUGUGAGCCAUUCCCACUUUCCCAUCCCCUCUAAACUUAAGCCGACUCUAUUUUUGAAACAAAAUCUCCAUUUUUCUUACAGAAGGUUUCACUGCUUAUGAUCAGUGGCGAGUGUUCAAGCUAAUGAAAGGGCUUCUGUAUUAUACUUAAAUUUACAUAAUUUACAGCCUAUUACUA